UGGUGGCUUAACUAUUUAGAAUGGAAAAUCCAUACAUUUCCGUACACGACACUAAUGCCAAUUAAGAAUUGGGAUUCUAGAUAUUCUAAUGUUCAAUUUUCAAUGAAAGUUUAAUUACUCCAAUUAAAGUAUUAUUUUAACUAGAUAAAAAAAGGUUUAAAGAUGAUUUUAUAUAAAAGGUGACGAGAAAAAUUUCAUAGCACAGGUUUACAACUAUCCGCACCAUGUUUGUCUUGAAACUUACGUUUUUGGAUGUUAUUAAAUACUUUUUGUUUUUUUAUGCAUCCGGGAUUCCGUAUUUGCAUUGAAAUGUAAUCAAGGAGAUUCGAGCCGGAGAACUUUAAUUAAGGAUUAACUGUUAUAUAGAGUUGAGUACCCCUUUAGAAAAAAGACUCAGUACACAAAAUGGACCUCUUCCUCCUCUUUGUUACAACCUUGCUUUCUAUGAUCAUCAUCAAUUUUUUGUUCAAAUAUUUCUUUGCCAAGCCCAAAGAAAACAUCCUUCCAGCUCCUCCAGGUACUUUUGGCUGGCCUAUUAUUGGAGAAACCAUCCAAUUCCUUGUAUCACUUCAUUAUGGAUUAGUCCACAAGUUUGUGGAAGAAAGAACCAAAAAAUACAACUCUAAUGUAUUCAAAACCUCAAUACUUGGUCAAAAAGUGGUUAUUUUUUCAGGUCCAGCAGCUAACAAAUUCAUAUUCACCAAAGGCAAAAAACUUUUCAUUGGUUGGAGACCUAAUUCUGUUCAAAAACUUUUCCCUUCUACAUCAUUUGUUCAUAUAGAACAUGACACCAAAAGGGCACAAAAUGUCAUUAACUAUCUCUUGAACUCAAAAAAUGUUGAGAAACUUAUUAGUACUAUGGACUAUAUGUCAACUAUACACUUGGAAAAUCAUUGGAAGGGGAAGUACGAAGUGAUAGUAUAUGAUCUAGUGAAGUUAUUCACUUUCUCCCUUUCUAUUAAAGCCUUUAUGGGUAUCGAAGAUUCGGAAAAAAUCUUGCAUUUUUAUGAGAAAUUCAAGAUUUUUACACAGGGUCUUUUGGCAGUGGACAUAAAUCUUCCUGGCACAACAUUUUAUAAGGCAAUGAAAGCUGGGAAUGAAUUAAGGAAAGAAAUGAAGGUCAUUAUUGAAGAAAGAAGAGCCAAAUUACUAGAGAAUCUAGAGUUGCCAAAGGUUGAUGUGUUGACACAAUUAAUUAAUGAACAAGACGAAAAUGGCAAGUACAUGACAGAGAUUGAAAUAAUGGACAAAGUGUUUGGUUUUAUUAUUGGUAGUUAUGAUACUACUGCUACAACGAUUACUUUGACCAUGAAGUACCUUCAAGAGAAGCCUGAGUUCUUCACUGAAAUAAUACAAGAGCAAAAUGAGAUAUCACGACAGAUGAUUCCAAGGAAAGAGCUAUGUUGGGAUGACAUUGGGAAAAUGAAGAAAACUUGGAAUUUUGUGAAUGAAGUAUUGAGAAACACACCAGUUGUUCAAGGUAUUUUUAGAGAAGCUAUGGAGGACUUCACUUAUGAAGACUUCCAUGUACCAAAAGGAUGGAAGAUAUAUGUGAGUUUUGGAGCUACACAGAAGAAUGGCAAAUACUUUCCAAAUCCUAUGAGGUUUGAUUCUUCAAGAUUUGAAGGAAAUGGACAAAUUCCUUAUACAUUAAUUCCAUUUGGUGGAGGACAUAGAAUGUGUCCAGGACAAGAAUUUGCAAGAAUAUUGAUACUUGUUUUCCUUCAUCAUGUACUGAAAAAUUUUAGAUGGGAGGAUAAGGUUCCUUCAGAAAAGAUAUUGUACCCUUAUUUCCUACUAGCCAUCCCAAGAGAUGGAUAUCCUGUUACCCUUUCUAGUGUUUAAGCUUCUUUACAUGAAAAAAAUAUGUCAAAGGAUGUAAUGUAGUUAUUGUCUUUUGGAUUAUAUUAGUAGUUCAAUAAUUGGUUGAUUACUGAAAACUAUUUCGUUA